AUGCACGACGCCACUAAAUCCCCAGAGCUUGAAUCAAGGGACAUGGAGGUCCACUCUGGCCAGGAAGGGAAAGAUGGGACUGUUUUGGAUGAUAACGAUAUGCUUCGCAUGGGAAAGGUUCAAGAGUUCAAGCGCAAUCUCCGACCUGUGGCUGCUUUAAGUUUCGCCUCUGUUCUACAAGCAACGUGGGAAUUUAUUCUACUAUCUAACUAUUCGGGCCUGGAAGAUGGGGGUCUUCCUGGUAUGUUUUGGUCUUUUGUAUGGACUUUCAUUGGUUUCGGAUUCAUCAUCGCCUCGAUCUCGGAAAUGGCCUCCAUGGCCCCGACCAACGGUGGCCAAUAUCACUGGGUCUCUGAAUUUUCGUCGCCGAGAUACCAGAAGUUUCUCAGUUACGUGACGGGCUGGAUGUCGGUCCUUGCCUGGCAAGCUGGAACAGCUUCGGGCUCUUUCCUCACAGGAACCAUCAUCCAGGGCUUGAUAAGUGUCCGAAAUCCCGACUACGAGCCUGCAGGAUGGCAAGGCACUUUACUAGUCUUUGCAAUGGUCUUGGUGAUUUAUAUCUUCAACGUUUACGCCUCCGAUGUGAUGCCUAUUCUGAAUAAUCUUCUGAUGGCAUUCCAUGUGUUGUCCUGGCUGAUCAUCCUGGUUGUUCUUUGCGUGAUGUCCCCGCACAGAACUGCCGACGAGGUCUUUGUGACAGGAUGGCAAAGCUUGGGUGGUUGGUCUAAUAUGGCACUGGCUGUGAUGGUCGGACAAAUAUCAGCUAUAUACGGCUGCCUUAGUUCGGAUGCAGCUGCACACAUGUCUGAGGAGAUCAAAGAUGCUGCACGUAAUGUGCCUAUCGCUAUCGCGUGGGGAUAUUUCAGCAAUGGCAUAAUGGCUGUUGUCUUGCUGAUCGCAUAUCUAUUUGCAACUCCAUCUGUGGAGGAUUCUCUGAAUGACGAUACGGGAUUCCCGUUGCUCUAUGUGUUCAAGCAAGCUGUGUCUACCGCCGGAGUCAAUGGCCUCACAGCGAUUAUACUCCUACCCGUUAUUUUCAGCAAUAUUCACUUCAAUGCAGCCACAUCCCGUCAGACGUGGGCUUUCGCUCGAGACAAGGGACUGCCAUUCUCCAGUUGGAUUGGCAAAGUGGACGAAAAGCGCAAGAUUCCUAUCAAUGCUAUCCGACUGUCUUGCUUUUGCAGCUGUGCGCUAUCUCUCAUCAACAUCGGAUCCGAGACUGCGUUCAAUGCGAUUAUCUCGCUGAACGUCGCCGCUCUGAUGUACACCUAUAUCACCUCGAUGAGCUGCGUUAUUUACAGGAAGAUCUGGCUUCCUGACACUCUUCCUACGCCUGCGUGGAGUAUGGGUCGAUGGGGAUUGCCCGUCAAUAUCAUUGGACUGGUUUAUUGCAUCUUUGCUUUCUUCUGGUCCCUUUGGCCUACCGAAGUUCCAGUUGUGGCCGCCAAUUUCAAUUGGAGUGUGGUCAUUUUUGUGGCGGUCUUUAUCCUUAGCCUUGUGAUGUACCUGGUCAAAGGACGCAGGGAAUACGUGAACCCUGCGGCUAUUGUUCGGAACUAA